ACAACGACUAUCCAGGUUCUACAAAAUUUAUUAGAUAAAUAAUGGGCAGGUCCACUGAUGCAACAUUUAACUGAAACUCGCACCCCUCCCCAUAAACAGCGACGAGACCAUGACCGGCAAUUCCUGCUGAUAUCAGCGAAAAACAAGUAUAAGAACGGCUUAUUCCCAGCAAAGAGAACCAGGGACUGGAACAACCUUUCGAAAGGUACAGUUGAGGCGACAACACUUGACACAUUUGCGUCUAUUGCCUUAGGCUUUCUAACCACCAGUGAAUGAUACCCUCACAAAGUAGCUCUUGCAACCAGUGAAAUAUCCUCAACACCAGGCACAGAAACAUUGCAAAUCCCCACCACAUACAUAGGAGCCAAAAUGAUCAAUACAUUGAUCGUGUGCCCUAAAUAUAUAGAAGAAGAAGAAGUAGGCUUGCUUAAAAAAAAUAUGUGUCCGAUUGUACUCAACUUCUCAGAUGAUUUACUCGGAUAACGUAAAACUGUGGUUCCCAAGGGCCACCAUCUUCGUUGCCACGACUCGUAAACAAAGGAGAUUGAAACCAGUAAAGAACUUUAAAUCAGCACGUAAAAGACGUCAUGACUGCUGUCUCCUUUGCACUGUUUGUUACGGAGCACUGUGACCUAAAUACACAUAUUUUCAUAAUUAAAGAUCUUGAUUGUUUUUUUAACAACCUGGGUAAAGAUAAGUUUACAAAAGCAGACAAAAUGUUAUAAAGCCGUCUCGAAAAAAUCUCGGCGUGAUGUUUAUGUAUGUCAAUUGGUUAUUGUACAGUUGCUUUUAGUUAGUAAUAAAAAUUAAAUAAUUAUCAGAAAAGAUUAUAACAGAGACUUAAACACGUACAAAUGCUAGCAUCGUCUACUGACAAAUGUAUGAAACCUUUUAAAACGUAAGAAGAGAGUGGUUGCUUAUAACUAACAAGAUGGUGAUGGGAUUACAUCACGUCUGCAAUUAUUAACGCUUUAAAUUGAGUUGAAAAUAUUGAAACAAUUACCCUAACACCGGCCUUUUUAAAUUUGUUAUUACAAUCAUGCAGUCAACAUCACACCAACGUUUUAUAACAUGGGACAAACAUGUUCUGUUUGGACAGGUAAUCUAAACUUGUCACACUCCACACGCCUUGUCCAUCCAGGGUGACCAGAUUUGAUGAAUAGCAUCCUUCACAUUCGCUGCUACAUGAUGCUACCUGACGCCGUGGUAUCUUAUGGAUUGAUGGCUCUGAUAUUUAUAUCCGGUAAGUCACUAAUGUCAAAUGUCAUGUAGCCAAAGUAUGCAAACCUUUCAUAAGCAAAUACGUUAUUCCCUCCAUCAUUGCAGAUGCAUACGGGGAGGACUGGGUUCAAGUUGAAGCAAUGAAAAUCAUACAUGGUGUAGAAGAGAACCCGCCUCGUCCAUUUUAAGAUCUAACGCUUGUCUGUAUAAUAUCUUAUCAUUACAGAUACUUGUCUAUACGCCAAUCCACGCGUUGUUGUCUUAGUGUAUACUCAUCCAGAAAAGAUCUGCUCAUCUGACGGAAAUGGUUUAGUGCAAAAUAUACACGGGAACACAUGAAUAAAGAUAAAGUGAUCAAAUGAACAUGACGCAGUGGCAAGCGUUAUAUGAUUACAUGCGUCCUUAAGAUAUCUUUGGUGGUUGAUCAGUGAUGUGUGAUAUUAUCUUGUAAUGUGUGAUAUUAUCUUGUGAUGUAUCAAAUAUCUACGCAAUGCUAUCCUCUUCGGAGAGUUGGUCUUGUAAUUUUCCUAGCUUCACUUUGAAGGAGUCCUCCACGUCCAAGGUAACAUGAUUGUGUAUCUUCUACCUUCACCUCAGAGUUGUCCUCCAAGCCCGAGUUGACGUAAUGGUGUAUCUUCAAGCUACACAGAAGAGACGACUUCGAAGUCUUAGGUGACGUAAUGGUGUCUCUUCUAGAUUGACCUCAGAGGAGUCCUCCAAGCCCGAGUUGACAUGAUGGUGUAUGACCAUAGCAGCAUUUUCUGGAUCACAGCAAUCUCUGAUAGUGUAGGGUCGCUGCUAUUAAAAAACAGCGGCAAAGAGAAUUUGUUUUAAAAAAGGAAGCAGAACUAUAUUUAACCUUGAGUAGGUAAAGGAACGAAUCCUGGAAUAAUAGGAAUUUCUUGCUAAUAACCAAAACGCACUUAACUCUUCAAGUAAAUAUGUUUCAUAUAAGAAAAUAUCUUAGAUAUAGUUUUUUUUUUAUAUAGCAGACGCAGAAAGUAUGACCUCAACAAAAUAUUUUGAAGCAAUACUUAUUGGUAGAAAGGCUUUAAUUUUGAAGACGAGUGUAGACACAUAAUGGUCCGUUUAUUGUACCUUGAGAAUCAACUUCUACUUGAUUGAAUUAGAUUCGGUUACACAUAUUAUGGAUAUCUUCAUUAAAUAGUAGAUUGACUCUUGUUUCGUUCUCACUGUAUUUUUUUAGGUGUCCACACUGAUGAAAAUGCCCCGCAGAUUGUUAAAAACUGCCUGGAGAGAAUUGACGCGUGCAACAAAAUUGCAACAACGGAUGAUGAGAUUAUGUAAGAAGAACUUAUUCAUUUGUGAACUUGCGCCCCAGUUAUCAAGCAUUAAUCUCAAAAGCUUUAAGUUUUUUGUAUUUUAAUUAGAUUCCACGUAUAACGUCACGUAGGAAGGUGAAGGAGACUGAGGAAGCACUCCCCGGCCCUGACGGGAAUGUUUUCUUUGUAUACGUUGGAAUAGUUUAGGACAUAUGCAGAGGUGCAAAGGGGGGGAGGAGAGGGCCCUACCCCCAAGCUAAGCAAGUGCAUGCAUUUGUGAAUAAAAGGUCCCAAGAAAUGUAAAAUUCUUGAGUGAGUACGUACUUCUGUUUGUAGGAGCAUUUUUUGCCAACCCAGCUCAAAACGAACGAUCAAUUAGUUGUGUUUCUGUUUUCAGACAGAAAAAACCGGAAAUAGUAGGGUGCUUUACGAGCUUUAAGUGCAGUGAUGGGAAAGAUGACCUUAGGGCGAAAGCUAUGCUGGAACUUGGAGAAAGGAUUGCACGUAAUUACGCUAAUUAUUAUAAUUGAUCUGUAAAAGGUUAAUGAUGGCUGAAAAAUAGUUAGAUUUUGGACCUUUGAAAUUGAUUCCACCUCUACUUUAAAUGUUAUGCCGUGCUCGUUACCAGAAGAAGAUGCUUGGUUUUCUGGUCUUCAUAAACUGUUUGUGAGACUUUUACGAUGAUGCCGGGUAAUGCAUUUGCAACGAUGGCAUGGCUCUGUUAGUCUGUACUUUCGCAACACCGAAGAAAUCUACAAGAGAAAGAGAGAAGUGUAGAGACGAAUGCAAUGCGACAACGCUUUUUUUUUGCUGCCUUUUCACGCGAACUUUUCGUGCGUUAAAUUUCACUGACAUCAUCCACACAUGUGGGACGUUCAACACUGGCUCCUUGAAACUCCUUGUGUUCUACUUCAGAAUAUGAUUCUCACACAUUUUUAAGCGUUCAACGUUGGUGAUAGAUUUUUUUUUUCCGCCUGAUUCGAAAAGGUUGUUCAGUUUCUAAAAUAUCUACACACUUUAAUUGACUGUCAAAAUUAAAUAUGUUGAUCCUUUUUCACCUGGACUAAUUCAACUACAAUGUACAAAUUACAAUAGUUAAAAUUAAAUCAGUAAAAUAUAAAUCGAUGUAUUAAAUUGCAAAAUUAGAUUUAAAAAAAUUAAAUACAUAUGUGCUUAAAACCAAGUUAACAAAGAGAAACAUUCAGUUGGUUUAAUGUAUGUUGCAGUGGCAGACUCUGAAGAUAUCCCAACUCAGUUGUUUUUCCCAAUUCCCGAUGUCACCGACAAGUCCUCAAACUUGGCAGUGAUCAUCAGCUUUUCCUACAAAACAUUGGUCGCCAGCACUGUUGCUGUGUUCCUCUUGGCUUAGAUGUGAAAGGACAAGGAACACCUGGAAACGCAAUUUUUUGAAGUGUUUAGAAAAAGAUAUUGAAAAAAAAAACACCAAAAAUUAUUAAAUAAGAAAGAACUUAAAUAUCAUUGUUGUAAAUAAUUUAUAUUUCAUUAGGUAACAAUUGUAACCUGAAUUAUAGAAUUUACUGAUAGAUUUUAAUUUUUCCUCCAAUGUAAGUUUUUAUCAAUAGGAAUAGAAAAGCAAUAGUAUUUUUUUCUUGGAUUAACGAGUAGAUGAAAGAAAUGAAAUGUAAUUGUAUUCUAAAUCAAAUAGGUUAAGGGAUUACUUAGAUAUUACAGGUAGUUUAAUUUUUUUUAAAAUAAUUUUUUUGUCUUUAAACAUAUUUUAAGAGAUUAAUUUUUUUUUUUAAAAUAGCUUUGCAAUGUAUUUAGAAAAUAACUUUUCUUUUCAUAAACAGUUUUUGAUAUUUAUUUAAGAAAACAUCAAAUUACUUACGACAAAAAAAAAUUGGAAAAAAAAACUAUCACUCAAA